CUCCCUGAUCCGCUGGGACCUCGAGGAGCUGCCCCAGGGGAGCUUCGGGCACCUCCCGGCGCUGGUGCUGCUGCUGCUGAGCUCGGGGCGCCUGCGCAGCGUCGGGGACGGCGCCUUCGACGGGCUGGGGCUGCUCGAGUACCUGUUCAUCGAGGAUUCCCAGCUCAGCUCGCUCUCACCUGAAGCUCUCCGGGGCCUCCGGGGGCUCCAGUUCCUGAGUUUGGCCAACAACCACCUGGAGUCGCUGCCCAGGGACCUCUUCAGGGACUUGGGGACACUGAGGCACCUGGACCUGCGCGGGAACCCGCUGGUGCUAUUCAGUGACACAUUGGGACCUGCGCGGGAACCCCCUGGUGACAUUCGGGACCUGCGCGGGAACCUGCUGAUGACAUUCCGUGCCAUUUUGCCCCAUUUUUGCCCAUUUUUGCCCCAUUUUCCCAGGGACCUGCGCGGGAACCCCUGGGACCUGCGCGGGAACCCCCUGGUGCCAUUUUUGCCCAUUUUUGCCCAUUUUUGUGAUAUUUUGCCCCAUUUUGGCAGGGACCUGCGCGGGAACCCGGACCUGCGCGGGAACCCGCUGCGCUGCGACUGCGCACUGCGCUGGCUCCUGGCCUGGGCCGGCACCCGCCCCUCCCCCCCCGAGGGCCGCUGCCGCGCGCCCCUUCCCCAGGUAAAGCCGGGCGCCGGGGCCUGCGCCCUGCUGGAGUGGGACCAGCUCGGGGGCAGGUUCCGCGCCCAGAGCGUGGUCAACGGCUCCGCCCCGGUGUCCUGCCACCCCGUCCCGGUGGGUGACACGCUGCUGCUGGUGGUGGCGCAGCUGCGCGGCGGCUCCUGGGUGUGGCGCCGCUCGGGCGGCCCCGGCUCCCCCUUCGUGCGCCACCAAGCCCUGGGCCAGGGCCACCUGCGCCGUCCCCACGCCGUCACCGCCGCCCGCCUCGGCAGCCACCUCUACCUGGGCGUGGCCGACAGCUCCAAGGGCGGCACCAGCACCGUGUUCCGCUGGGCUUCCGGAGCCUUCUACCCGCACCAGGCGCUGCGGCCGUGGCGGCGCGACACGCACCUGGAGUUCCUGGAGCUGGGCGGGCGCGUGGCGCUGGUGGUCUGCAGCGCGGCCAGGAGGCCCCAGGUGUACCUGUGGAGCGGCGGCGGCUUCGUGCCGCACACGGACAUCCCGCACGUGCCCGACGUGUACGCGGCCAAGCACUUCAGGGUGAGGGGGAACGUGUUCCUGUGUCUCACCAGGUUCCUGGGGGACGCCAAGGUGAUGCGCUGGGAGGGCUCCAUGUUCCGCGAGGUGCAGGCGGUGCCGGCGCCCGGCUCCCUGGUGUUCCAGCCGCUGCUCCUGGCCGGCCACCGCUACGUCCUGCUGGGCACGCGAUACGACCGACCGCGUGUUCGCGCCGCCCACCGCCACUUCCUGCUGGCCACCAGCUUCAAGGGCACCACGCAGAUCUACGCGCACGUCACCGAGGACACCGGCACCUAG